AGUCUGACGCACUUGCUCGGGAAUACUCGCCGUGUCUGAGCGCCUGAGCUCCGCCGACGGUCUCCAGCUGCCGCUUUUACAGACACGCUUCGGGAAGCACAACUUUACCAUGUUUUUGUACGAUGAGUUGGCUCAUUACGGCGGCAUGGACGCGGUCGGUAUGUACGGGGAUCCUCACGCGCCUCGGCCGCUGCCGCAGGUCCAUCAUCUGAACCACGGACCGCCGCUCCACGCCAGCCAGCACUACGGCACACAUGCCCCCCAUCCCAAUGUCAUGCCCACCGGCAUGGGCUCAGCUGUCAACGACGUGUUAAAGAGGGAUAAAGAUCAGAUUUACGGGCAUCCUCUGUUUCCUCUGCUGGCUCUGGUCUUCGAGAAGUGUGAGCUUGUGAGCUGGACUCCCCGAGAGCCCGGGGUUGCUGGAGGAGACGUGUGCUCCUCAGACUCCUUCAACGAGGACAUCGCUGUCUUCGCCAAACAGGUCCGCGCAGAAAAACCUUUAUUUUCUUCGAAUCCAGAACUGGAUAAUUUGAUGAUACAAGCCAUACAAGUAUUACGGUUUCAUCUUUUGGAGUUAGAGAAGGUGCACGAGCUCUGCGACAAUUUCUGCCAUCGGUACAUCAGCUGCUUGAAGGGGAAAAUGCCCAUAGAUUUAGUGAUCGAUGACCGGGAUGGCAACUCAAAAUCAGACCACGAGGACAUCUCGGGAUCUUCAACUAACUUAGCCGAUCAUAACCCAGCGUCCUGGAGAGAUCACGAUGAUGCCACGUCCACACACUCGGCCGGCACGCCGGGACCCUCCAGCGGAGGACACGCGUCACAGAGCGGAGACAACAGCAGCGAACAAGGAGAUGGUUUAGACAACAGUGUGGCCUCACCCGGCACGGGCGACGAUGACGAUCCAGACAAGGACAAAAAGCGACAGAAAAAACGGGGCAUCUUCCCCAAAGUCGCCACCAACAUCAUGCGGGCAUGGCUCUUCCAGCAUCUCACACACCCGUAUCCUUCAGAAGAACAGAAGAAGCAGCUCGCUCAAGACACGGGCCUCACCAUCUUACAAGUAAACAACUGGUUCAUUAAUGCCAGAAGAAGAAUAGUGCAGCCCAUGAUUGACCAGUCAAAUCGAGCAGGUUUUCUUCUUGAUCCUUCAGUGAGCCAGGGAGCGGCGUACAGUCCGGAGGGGCAGCCCAUGGGCAGCUUUGUGCUGGACGGACAGCAACACAUGGGCAUCCGGCCGGCAGGUCCUAUGAGUGGCAUGGGCAUGAAUAUGGGCAUGGAUGGCCAGUGGCACUACAUGUAACAGCUGUACAGUAAAGAAAAGGGGGAAGUCUGCGAGGCGUGCCGGGGGAGUUCGUACCUCAGCGUGGUCCUGUGGGCAUGAGCAUGGCAUCACCAACCCACCCCCCCUCCACCGAAAGCCCCUCGUUUCUUGUGUUUGUCACACCGAGCUCCUCGUCACCCUCCGACCCGUGCGGCCAUGCUAAUGCACGGAGACCCCCCUCGAGCAGAAAUGACCACGACUCCUCUGACCCCCUGACCACAGCGCUGCUGGACCGGCGUGGGCGUCCACAGCCAAUGACCGAAGGGAACCAACCAAUACCACCACGGAUGAACUGGACAAUAACCCCACGAAAGGUUUUUGAAGGAAAAGAGAAUGUGGUGAAGUAUCCGAAGCUUCACGUGGAAUUCCAGACGAGCUGUGAUCGUUUUUUAUCUUGUGAAUUUUGUUACUUUUGUUGCUGGAGGACCAAGAGCUGACAGAAACACUUUGUAAAGUCUUGGGUGUCUGUUCAAAUCAACAGAGGAUCUUUCAACUUAUUAAAAAUACACACACACACACACACAUCAUAAAGAAAAAAAAAAGACAAAA